CUUUACGAUACAGCGUGCUUCAUCCGUUAACCAACGAACAUCUCCCAUCACGUCGUCGUCCAUGUGGUAGUUCUCAGAAGACUAUACUAUACGGCGUGCUUCUCCCGUCUACAUAAAGCAUUAUAUUCUUCCAUUUUUUACACAAGUCACGUUACAUAAUAGUCAAAGGUUUUCCAGUCCCUUCCUCAAUUACUAUCCAAACUGUGUGACUCUCAAAGCUUCUUCGCUGCCGCCGAUCACCACUAGGAGAUGGCUUCCAAUGGGUUCCGGCCACUGGACGAGAAGUUACUGCUGGAGUACGUCAAAGCAACUCCAAUAUUGGCUGAAAAGCUGGGCCAUCAGUUCGAUAAGCUGGAAAUUAAAGAAAUAGGCGAUGGAAAUCUGAAUUUUGUGUAUACUGUUAUCAGCCCCUCUGGCUCCUUCGUUAUCAAACAGGCUCUUCCUUAUGUUCGUUGUUUAGGGGAGUCAUCUCCAAUGGCAAAAGAACGUGCCUAUUUUGAAACAACAACGCUAAAGGAGCACGGUCGCUUGUGUCCUGACCAUGUUCCUGAGGUUUACCAUUUUGACAGUUCGAUGUGUUUGAUCGGCAUGCAGUACAUUGAGCCUCCUCAUAUAAUCUUAAGAAAGGGUUUGAUUGCUGGGGUUGAGUAUCCAUUGGUUGCGGAGCACAUAUCAGACUAUAUGGCUAAAACUCUAUUCUACACGUCCCUUCUGUACCUUACAACAACGGAUCAUAAAAGUGCAGUUGCUAAAUAUUGUGGAAAUGUGGAGUUAUGCAGACUCACUGAGAAGGUUGUCUUUUCUGACCCUUACAAAGUGUCUGAACAUAAUCGUUGGACAUCUCCUUAUCUUGAUUCUGAUGCCGAAGCAGUUCGGGGGGAUAACAUUUUGAAGUUUGAAAUUGCUGAGCUAAAAUCAAAAUUCUGUGAAAGAGCUCAAGCUCUUAUACAUGGUGAUCUCCAUACAAGUUCUGUCAUGGUUACUGUAGAUUCAACUCAAGUUAUAGAUCCAGAAUUCGGUUUUUAUGGGCCAAUGGGAUUUGAUAUUGGAGCUUUUGUUGGGAAUUUGAUUUUAGCUUACUUUGCACAAGAUGGACACGCUGUCUAUGGGAAUGAUCGAAAGCCAUAUAAAGUAUGGAUUUUGAAGACUAUAACAGAGACUUGGAACCUAUUCUAUAAGAAGUUUACUGCUCUCUGGGAUGAACACAAGGAUGGUCCUGGAGAGGCAUAUCUUCCUGCAAUUUAUAAUAAUCCAGACGUACAGUUGCUGGUAAAACAGAAAUACAUGAAAGAACUUUUCCACGACACUCUUGGAUUUGGGGCUGCCAAAAUGAUAAGGAGAAUUGUUGGAGUAGCUCAUGUAGAAGAUUUUGAAUCAAUCAAAGAGGCUAAAAAACGAGCUGAUUGUGAACGAAAAGCUCUCAACUUUGCCAAGAAUCUUCUGAAGGAGAGAAGAAAUUUCCGAAGCAUUAGUGAAGUGGUCACUGCAAUGGAGCUAUUCGAUUCACAAUAAACUAGUUAUCUACAUAAAUUUCAACUUGACAACCAGGAUUUUUCUUAUUAUUAUGUAUAAAAAUCUCAAAAAUCUUUCUUAUUUCUCUAAAAUUUUAUUUCAUAUUUUGAACAAAGAAUCUGAGGCUGGAACAUUACCGUACUUGGCCUUGUACUCCUUCCACACCUGAUCCACAGGUUUUCCCAACAACUCGAGGAAAUAAUUAUUGCUAUACACGUAUCUCAUUUUAUUGUUCAA